CAGAACACAUUUCCGGAACCAUACCGAUGCAUGGUGUCAACAGCACAUGGACCCUGACUCAGUGCCUGAGUGCGAGGGUGUCAACACACAGGUGUGCGAGCAGCUCUUCAGUUGGUUGGCAAAGUACAAGCACAUCGUGCGACACAUGAAUGAGGCCCGAUUCCUGUUCUUCAUCUGCCGAAUGUGUCAUGUCCACAACAUGGAGCUUGAGGCAAAGAUGGCAUCUAAAGGCAAGCUGCAACAGGCUGGCUCGACUGCAGACCUGACGCUUGAGCCUACCCAAGAGCUAAAGGCCGAUCUGCCAGGCUCAGAGCUGUACUGGAAGGCGCUGACCACCGGGCUUGCACCCCCACCGGCUACACGCGCACCUAAAAUGGCCCGUGGGGACUCUGCUGCAACAUCGCGCCAGAGCAAGAAGGCGCCGCGCUUCCAGGUAGAUGAGGAGCAGGCUGAUGCCCUGGUGCUGCAGGCCUGGCAGCGCACUACGGCCGCUGGGGAGGGCCUUGAGCGAGACCAGACUAUGACCAUCGCAGUCAUGAAGGCGUUCAUGCGCAGACGCAAACCGUUGCCGAACACCGUCACGAACCUCCGGGCCAGGCUGGCGGUGGCCGUGGAGCUAUACCUACAGGAGUGCGGUGGACAGGUCCCGCCGCGCGGAUAGCUGCGGUAGGGGGGCCGCGACAGUGGUGGCACCGACAGGCACCGGAGGGCACGUGUGCUGGUCCUUGGUCCCCGAGUGUAGCAACUUUGUCGAGGUGCAGAUACAUAACAUGUUUGCGCUAGAGCACUUGACUUCGGUGCCAGCGAUAUAUAGUGCCAUGUGCCAGGUUCGGCUGUUCGGCAACAGGUUAAGCAAGUGAGGACUGAGGCGUAUCGCUGACAAUUAAGCACGCGCAGUAGGCAAGCGCGGCGGGCAAGCGCAGCAUAGGAAGGAGAUGUAAUUCCUGAGUGGCUCUUGUGAACCCUGAAAGUGUCAGCGACUGGUAUCCAUGUAGCUAAAGUAUCAGUCCAGGCAGGAAUAGGACAGCGUUAGUGCCCUAUAGUGCCCUAAUCCCCUAAUCGUCCAUUUGUGUUCCAGGUGGGUCUCUUGGGGUUCGCGUUAUCACAACACAUCGCAGCCUUCGCUUGGUAGUCUGCGGCCAGUCUACGCCAGCCCAGCCACUGACAGCCGUACACACCAGCUACGAGUCACAAGCAUUAGGACGCCGGAGUGGCGCAGCUUGGCGCGCGGUUAUCUCGUCAAAGAUAACGUAGCAGUUGCGGUCGCUGCUCAUGCUCACGCUUUUCUUUUUGCCUGUGCUAGCUUACUGGCCUCGGCUCUACAACGUCAUCUUCGCUUGUGUGUGUUGCGUUUUUUCAAGCAUGUCAAUAUCACCGGAUCGCUAACUCAGUUAGCGAUUUGACUCGAUCGUCCGUACGGCAGAAGGGACCCGGGUACGAAUCCGGAUAAAAAGCCCAAUUAUGCAAAAGGCGAAAGAUUGGUGCGAAACCGAUUGGUGAUCCCAUGAACGAUAGGUAAUUGCCCUUAGUGGCAAUUGCGGACUUAUGCCCGCUUCAACCUAGAAAGGUCGUGGUGCAGAAGUCCGAUUUAGUGGCGAGGUCCAAGGUUCAAGACAAGGCUCAAGAUCCAAGGCUCGAAGAGGAGCGCCAUGGCUCCUCGGUUUGCACGAACUGGCAGUGCUCCACUACUAUAAUGCGGCGUUUCCCUAGCUCGAUAUGCUAGGUGUGCAGGCUUGGAUGUAGUGGACUUUGAAGAGCGGCCUAGGACUAGGAGGUUGUAGUUUCGGAGGUUGUGACUCUUUCGUGGUGAGGCGUCAGCGUGAGGGGGGCGGGCCCUCUCGCCCUAGUCACCUUGCCCCGUUAAUCCAUGCCAGGCCCUAUGGGCCGGCGUUGUAAUUAUUAUUAUUAUUAUUAUUCAAGCAUGUCAAUAACAGCGCCACCGGUGCCCAGCACGACAUGUUUGGGAGGGAGGGAAGGACAGGAGGAUUGUUGGAAUGGAAGGUACACAGCGGGAAAUGGAGGGCUGCGUUAAGAUGUGCCGCUAUACGCAGUGGAUGGGCGUCCCGCAGUUGGAUGCUGCAGUUAAGCAAGGCAUCUUACCGCACAUGAAGGAGUAUGUUACGCACAAGCACCUAAUGGCGCUGAUACGGUUCAGGCUAGGAUGUUGGGAUAUCGAGGUUAAUCGCCCCGUGGUGGGGGGCCGGUACCGUCCGCGCAACGAAAGGUUGUGCAGGCUGUGUCGAGGCGGUGUAGAAGAUAAAGAGCACGUUAUGCUGGAGUGCCCAAUUUAUGCUAACAUUCGGUUGGCUUCUGGUAUUACAGGUAGCGAUAUAUAUGAAAAAGAUUAUGCUUGACACGGACACGCAAAAGUUGGCUGCCCACUUGUACGCAGUUACGACGCUACGGGCACGGACGCUAUUGAUCUAGGCCAUUUGCCUGUUUACCUAACGCGCCCCCGGACUCAAAGGAGUUAGUGGGGCCACAUGGACUCGAACCCAUGUAAAUGCUCAUGCUC